ACAAUGCAAUGACACGUCGCCAUAUUGUUUUGGUGGACAACUUGAAACGUGUAAACUAAAGUUCAUGUUAUUUUAUUGAUAAUAGUUUAUACCCAACGUUACGGUUGUUAAUCAAGAACAAUGUCAGGAAGGACAGGACCCCCCUUUAAAUUAGUAUUGUAUGGAUUAUUUUUCAUAGGGUUUGUCUAUGUCUUAUAUAUUUAUCAUGCGACGAACGGUAAAUUACGGGAUGCAGAAAAUCUUGCAGAAAGAUAUCGACGUGAGGAAGAAACCAAAGUGACCCAGUUGCAAGAUCUUAUGAAGUCAAAAGAGGAAUUGCAAGAAAAAUGUGAUAGUGACAGGCAAGACUUUGUUAGCAGACUGAGUUCAUUAAAUCAACAACAUAAAAUGCUAAAGGGACGAAAUGAGGAGAUGGAAGCAGAUUAUGGGCGUUUACAACAAGAGUUACAGAAAUUAAAGGAAGACCAAGAACACUUGGAGUCUCAACGAAGUCAAGAAUUUCAACAAUUAAAACAAGAAAAAGAACUAGAAAUAGCUUCAUAUAAAGAUCAAGUUGCCAACUAUCAACGACAAAAUGAACAAUUACAAAAUGAAAUAUCCAGUUUAAAGGCUCAGUUACAGAAUAGUCAGACUCAACUUCAAUAUGACCAGAAUGUUGUAUCUAGUCUGGAACAAGAAGUUACACGACUAAAGACAGAUUUACAACAGGAAAAGACAACAGCUGUACACCUGAAUUCAUCAAUUAAAACAUUACAGAUACAAUUGGGAGAAAGUCAGAGCGUUUCAAAGGAUUUGGAAAGAAAUCUAACAGAGUCUCAGAUACAAUUGAGGGAAAGUCAGACUGUUUCAAAGAAUUUAGAAAGAAAUAUAACAGAGUCUCAGAAACAUAUUGUUGAAGAUCAAAGCUUAAUUACCACACUAAAACAGGAGUUAUCAAAUUUAAAGCAAUUUCAACAAAAUGUUUAUGCUCACAGUAAUAUGAUUCCAGCCUUCCAUACAUUACAGAAUCAGGCAGCUCUUCAAGGUCAAGCUAAUGGGGUACAACAACCUGGUGUACAGCAACAAGCCAUACAACAACAAGCCAUACAGCAACAAGCUAAUGUACAACAACCAGGUGUACAACAACAAGUAGCCCAACAACAAGUAGCCCAGUCACAGUUAUUAAAUCCAGAUGGUAAUCGCCAAGCUCAACAACUACCAGUAGAACAACAACAACAAAAUGUUCAGCAACCAGACAACCAAGACAAUCCAGCACAACAAAAUCAAGCCAAUGCUGCGGAUGCUGGAAAGGUAGAACAAGGUGGAGCUGCUAAUGAAGUGGUUGAACAUCAUCAAAUUCAACCUCCUAAUGACGCUGAAGCUGCUGGUCAGGGUAAAGAGCAGGAGUUUGGUGCAUUAAAUAAUAAAUUGGUAGAACAACAUGGUCAGAUAUUUAAACCUGACUUUAAACAAAAUGAAGAUAUCUUAAAUCAGAAAGAGCAAAUGGCUGACAUAAAUAAUAUGAAUAACAUUGACCUUGAUCACCAUGACAACCGAAUGGAACAUGAAGGCCCAGUCAAUUUACAAGUUCAAGAACCAAAAUUGCUUGGUGAUAAACAGGAAGAACAAGCCAUGCAACAAAUGGCACCAGCCAAUGCUCUCGUUGCCAAUAUGGCACAAUUCCAACAUCAAGGUCAAAUGGAAAUUCCAAAUGUUGGUUUAGGUGAAAAGGAGGAAAAUAAGCUUGUAAAUAGGAAAGGUGUAAGAAUAGACAGAGAAGAAGAUGGAGAUCAACAAUAUAAUGAUGAUAAUUAUGAUAAUAAAUAUGAUCAAGAUAAAGAUGAUGCUAAUGCGGGAGAGGAUGAAGAAGAGGAAGAAAGGGGACACUUUAACUGAACUAUGUACCAAUAGAGGACAAAACAUAGAAGAAAGGAGAGAACACCCACCUAUGCCACAAAUGUAUUAAAAUAAGCCACCAAGCCUUGUGAAUAAAAGAAGUAAUGUAAUUUUAACUGUAAAAUUAAAACCUUUCUGGUAUCUGGUGGUUAAUUCCAUCAUAUCAUUCAGAUUUGUUGGAUGCUAUUAAAUUGAAUUAACUAUAUUGUAAUGUCUAAUAUUAAACUGUAGGGUAAUCCUACAAUUUUAAGUUAAAUUAUUCGUAUCAAAUAGUCUUUUGUGACUUUUAGUUCACCCAAAUCAAAAUUGGUUUUAAAUAUUAAAUUAUUAUUAAAUAGUCAAUAGUGUUUCUAGAAAUAUCAGAUCUGAAUUUUAAAAAAUGUUUCUAUAUUGGUGAAUUUAUAUCUAAAUGACCCUUACUGUAGCAUUUUGUUUGUAUAUUAGAUGAAUAAAUUGUACUUGGUAAAAUAAUUUUGACAUUUAUAAAUUGUUAUAUUUUUUUGUUUUAAUAUUGCUAACCAUACCUCAAUUUGUUUUAAAUACAAAAUGAAUAUACAUAUGGAAAGGUUUGAAAGUAAAUUUGUAAGAAAGUAAAUUUGUAAAACCUGAGUGUAGCUUUAAUUUUAUAAAAUUAUUUUGUCAUCAGCCAUUUACAAAAAGAUAAAAACUAACCUAUAUAGUAGCUUGAUACUGUUAAAAUAAUAACUUUCAAAAUGUAAAGAGAACCAGGUAUUAUUAAAUACUUUUGUAUAUAAAAAUCACGUCCAAUAUUCCUUUCUUGUGAGUGAUUACAUGUAUAUCACUUUUUAAAUGAAACACAUUGAGUUAAUUUAUUUAUAUUAAUAUGACAAGAAAGUGCAAUGGCAAGUUGUAAUAGGACCUUUAUAAAACCAAUCCUUUUGAAAAAAUGUUUCAAGGAUAGUGUAAAGUAAUCGUUAAAAAGUUUUUAGCUAAAAACUAUGUUUGUGUCGUAAUUUUUAAUAUUUUCAUGUUGUAUGGAUGUCCAAUAGAUCUCUACAAAAGUGCGAAAGUGUCAUAAAGCAUUUUAAAAAUAUUUGUAAAUCCUUUGAAUCUGUUAAAAUGCAUUACAACACAUUUUAAAAAUAUUGUUUAAAUUUUUAAUGGCACUAUUGCUCUUUCGUAGAUCUCAGUGUAUCUGGGAAUGUAAAAUUGUCUUUUUUGUUCAGAACAUAUUUGACUGGAUACUACCCAUUAUCUAUUGUUUGUGUAAAAAAAAUAAUCUAGCAAGAAAAAGAACAGUAUUUUAUUUUUGUAUUUUAUGCUUUUUGUGGGAUUGAAAGAAUUGUUGAUAUGAGGGAAUCCGAUUGAAACAAAUAUUACUAUAGUUUGAAAAUAGACAACAGAACAUACAGAAGUUAUAAUUAUUAGUCUAUUUUCUUAUAAUUGGUUGUUAUUUUUGAAGUGCUGUAGAUAAAAUAUAUUUUCAUUAGAUUUAUAGUCGGCAUAUUGUGUUGUAUAUACAUAUAGUAUAAAUGAAGUUUUUUUGAAUGAUUUUAUAUUAAAGGUUUCAAUUAGAAUUGUUUAUAUUACAUGUAUUAGGGUUUUACAUGGUUGGAAUUGAUAAAGUUUGUGUUUGGGUAUUAUUUUACAUCAUAAUAUCUCUUUUUAUUACUGUAUAUAAUUUUUCAGUUAUUUUGUCAUUCCAAUUGACUUUUAAAAGUUGUAAUCGAUGAUCUUUGCUGUGCAUUGUCUAGGAAGUUUACUAUGGCUGGGCAAACAUCAAGUUAAAACUACAACUUUAUGUCUCAGUAUAAAUUAUCGUUAUAUACAGCUUACGUUUUUUGAAAACAAUUACCGUGUUCUCAGAUCCACUUCCUAAAUUAGUGGGCUACCAAAAUAGUGUCUGUUUACAUUUAACAACAUUAAUUUAAAGUGUUUUAUAUAGUGGAACUUAAACUUUUCGAAGUUAAUAUGCAAAGCUUAUUGCCACUUAAAGGACUAUCGCAGUGUUACUAUGCCUGAUUAGCAAGAUAUGUUCUGUGAUAAGAUUGAGAAAGCAUGCUGUUGUAUAAAAUGAUAGGUCGCUCCUAUUAGAUUUCUAACAUUUCUGAGACAACAUUUUACACCAGCCACCAUCAUAUUAUCAUCAUGCACUGUGUUAAAACCAAUAUAUUAAAAAAAAAACUUCAUUGCUUUAGCCUGUACUUACAGUGUAGGAUUGUGUGCUAUGUCAUCGAAACAUUUUCAUUCAUUUUUGUUGUGAAUUUUUAAUUUAAAAUUAUUAAAUAAAUACUUGUAUCAUUAAUAUGAAACAGAUAGAGUAUGUCAACAAAACCCAGAGAAUUGGCCAAUAAAGGAAUCUCAUUAAGUUGUUAUCAACACCAACAUUACAUUGUGUAUUAUAUAUUUUUACUGUUGAAAUUUACAUCAUAAUGUAAGUAAAUUGUAUAUAUAUAUAUAGCUUCAAGCAAACUUAACAUUUUCAUAUUUCUGUAGGGAGUGGUCACUCUCAUGUACAUUAUAUAGAUACAUAAAAAUGGGGAAGACUAUUUAUUAACUAUUUUGCUACUUGUUAAAAUUCUAUUUAAAUAUAUGUCACUUAAAAUAUUAAAAUGUGGGUGAUUCAUGUUGAACUAUC